AGACGGCCGGAGGAUGAAGCAGCCGGAGCAUCUUCAUCAUCUGAGCUAGGCGCACGUAGUCCGUGGAAUCAAAACUGUGACGAGUGCAUGAGAGAGCGGUGAUUAAUUUGACUGUUGAGGGAUAACCUUUGUGUGGCUCUGCAGCGGAUCCAUAGUCUGCAGACAGCCAGGCACGCAGCGCAGCGCCAGACUGCACGGCGCUGUUUUCUAACAUCAACUGAGGAGCAUCCUGGCAGGAAGAAAAAAAAACUGGCUGGUCAUGGAUUUGUCCUUUCGGUAAGACUGUCUUAGCAGCAUCACAAACAGCGUUUGUAUUUAGAGAAUAACAACAGCAGCUAUGGGCUCCAGACUGAGCAGGCAGAGCAGCCUGGACAAUGAAAAUUUCUCCAAAAAGCGACGCAAGCUUCUAGAUAAUGCUGGAGAGGGAGACAGGAGCAGUCGGAGCAGCGGGGACUUUCUGUUUGCACUGAUGCUGAAAUCGGACAAACUACCCGGGAUGCUGCGGAGGACUAACCAUAGCCCCUACAUGAGGCGAGUUGCGUGGAUUAAGGAGAUACAGAAACUGCUCCGUGAUCGAAGGAUAGAGCAGGCGACUGACGUGCUCAAAUUACUGAGGAAGGAUCUGGGUUUGGAAGGCACCUCACUCAAUGACAUCUUGUACAAAAAUGCUGCCUUCCUCAAUCUGGUGGACCCAAUCUCCCAUGAACUACUGCUCAGCUUGGCUCGAGAGAUGCAGUGUCCUAAGAAGGAUGCAGACACUAUAAAAUCUUCUGAUAAGAUUUGUAGACAGCUGAUCUACCACCUGACUCCGCACUCAAAGUGGCUGAGACAGAGCAUGUCCAGACAGAAAUCCCAGGCCUGUCUCAAGACAACUCUACAGAAAAAGCUGUCCAGUGACAGCGUGGAUUUGUCUGGAAUUCCUCUGUCCACUCGUGAUGUCCGUCAAGUCGUGUUUUACCUUCAAAACAACAGAGACAGUGUCGUGGCGGUGGACAUCAGUUUUACAGAACUCCAGGACGGGAAUCUGAGGCUGCUUCUGCCUCUUCUUGCCUCUCUGCCCAAACUCAGCACUCUGGCUCUCAACGGUAACCGCCUCACCCUGGCUAUUCUUAAAGACCUUACCGAAAUGCUCAAAGACCCCAAGAAGUUUUCCAGCCUGGCAUGGAUUGACCUGGGAAACAAUGUGGACAUUUUUACCAUGCCUCAGCCGCUGCUAGUGGCGUUGCGUCGACGCUGCAGCCUGAAGAGCAGCCUGCCUACCAUCUACGAAUACACAGAGGGUCAGCCCUACUGCUACCACCUGGAGACUUCUAUUGAAGAGCCCAGUCACUAUGAGGAGGAGGAAGAGGAGGAGGAAGAGGAAGAAGAAGACGAAGAUGAUGUGGAGAAUAAAUUUGAGCUGGAGCCUUGGGGUUUAGGAGAGAAGCAGCUCUCUAAAGAGUUCACCCUUCACUACUGUGAGAGGUGAUGGAGUGUUUUCUCUCUGAGGCUCUUUCAACUGUGGUUGAAAUGUCGUCCCACAGCACUCUGUUACUUCCUUCGCCUUCUUGCCCUCACACCAUGAGCCCAGUUACCCUUUGAGGCACAGGGGAGACCAGUGCCCACAUUGUGAACUUCUCGUCCCAACACUGCUACAAGCUAUAUCUAACCAUCUCUGAGUUAACCCACAUAAGAUAGUGACAAUGAAGUGACAGCCAUGAUGGCAGACUUACUGUGUUGGUGGAUGGUGCUCUUUGGAGCAAGGUGCGGUUUCAUUGGAGGGGGGCUGGAAGAGUUAAUGAACCAGUGCUCUCUCUCUCUUUCUCUCUCUUUCUCCAACUCUAUCACUCUAGCCUUCUCUCUCUUUCACCCUCUUCGUCUCUGUGUGAAGGUAGCAGCUGAGGAGCCAAUCUCAAGGAGAUUUAGAUCAGUUGGUUGGAGGAAGGAGCAGCAUCCCAGCGGUAGCUGAAGCUGAACUGGUGUUAGUUGGGAAACAGUGGGUCCCUCUGGGUUCUCUACCAGGACUGAGACUAUCUCUGGCAGGCAGGGCCUAGCUCCACAUUGUGUGUUCUCUGUUAAUCUCUCAACAAAAGCUAUGACACAAGUUCAACAGACUAUACAGCCGACAACCCAUCACGUGAUACUGGCAAAACUGCAAAGUCGACUUUUUGCGUUUUCCCCCCCUUUCCAAAUGUCCACUUGUGAAUACCCAUGCAGCCCUUGUGUAGAUGUAAAUGAGGACACAAAACAUGACUGUUGUGUUUCCACGGGCUAUUUUUGUGCACUUUGGUGAACAAAACAAUCUUAGAAGACAACAGGUAGGAUUCAACAAUGGAUAGGUGUCACUGAUUGUUUUUGUACUGGUCUAAAAGCUGAUAUUCAACUCUGUGUAAUUAUUGAGCUGUGUAGGUCAUCAGCACAGUGUCUCAGUGCAUUUAGGACACUCCAGCUAAGUGUUAAUAUGGUCCACUGCAUCAGAGCAGUGCCCAAAAAGCCCGUCCUACUGGUGUUUGUCUCCACAGGUGUGUUAGCAUUUCUUUUUAUUGUUGCUGUACCUCACUGACCCUGUGUUACAACACACUUUCAUGAUUGUUAUCUAUUGGUUGUAGACUGUUUGCAGUAGCAUAUAAUAAUUAAGUUAGACUGAGCAAAACACUACAACACACUCUAAGGUACUAUUGUAUUUACAUUUCUGUUUCACAACAGCAUAUACUCUGUACAUUGUUUCUAACUAGACAUUAGCAGAGCAGAGGCUGAAAGUAUACCUCUUUCAGGUGAAAUGAUUGUUAGAAGGACCGUUCAAAAUAACUUCACCAGAUAUAUAAUUAAUGUUUAAUGUGUGUUAUAUGUGUUUGUAAUAGUAAACUGUCUGAUUGCUGCAAUGACAAUUCAUGUUAUUGUUUUGGUGUUCUGUCUCUUGUCCAACUCAGUAAUUGUGUUAAUGACUAAUGAGUAUGAAACUGAGCCCAGUGACCUCCAGCUGUAGGCUUGAGCAGCAGACAAAAGGGGGCAUGACUGAUAGGAUUACACAAUUUAACAGAAAAUAGUUCAAUAAUGUAAUUCACAGUCAGAGCAGAUAUCUUUUAUAAGGAAUGUUUCAAUCUGAAUGUCCUCUUGGAAAUUACACCCCUGUCCACUUAGUUUCGUUUCAUGUGUCAGUGUCAAACCUUUCCUUGUUAUAACUUGUGUGUAUUUGUCUCAGACAAAACAAUGACUGCCAAUAAAAGUACUGAUCAAA